AAUAUGACGCGUAAGGUGACGACAGGUUUUCGUUCUUUAGCCGACGCUCCGCAGCUCGGUGUGUAGUGUUGUCUUUAGCGGUUGUGUUGUUUGUGUUUUGCCCCCGGUGAGGGUGAGUUCCUCUCCGGGUCCCCUUCAGCUCAAACCGGUGUACGGCCGCUUUUUGUCAGGAGCCUGGUUUUGUUCUGUCCCUACGCGGGGAAACAAAGAGAGCCGAGAUGUAUAACGGGAUCGGCUUGACCACGCCGCGAGGCAGCGGCACCAACGGCUACGUGCAGAGGAACCUGUCGAGUGUUCGGGCCAAGCGCUCUCGAGACGAUCACGGAGGACCGAAAGACGAGAAGGAGAUCGAGAGGUUGGAGAGUCAGCUGAACCGUCAGCCCAACGCCGAUAUCCUGGAGCACCAGAGGAAGAGGCAGCUGGAGGUCAAAUGUGCUGAACUACAGGACAUGAUGGAGGAGCAGGGGUACUCCGCUGAGGAGAUCGAGGAGAAGGUGAGCAGCUUCCGUAUGAUGCUGCAGGAGAAAGAAGAGUCUCCUUCAGCCGGUGCUGAGAAACCAACCGUGACUGAGACGCACGCUCUCGCCGCCGCCAACCAGCAGAAGAACGACCGGCUCCGGGAGGCGUUCGGGAUCGGCUCCGACUACGUGGAUGGAUCGUCCUUCCACCCCGAGCGCAAAGAGCGAGAAAGAGAGAAGAGAGAGCAGGAGAGACUGGAGAGAGAGAAAUUGCAGCAGCAGAAAUAUCAGAUAAUUGAAGACUCUGACGAGUCAGAUUCUUCAUCCACCAGAAAACAGAGCCGUAAGAAGAAAAGGAAGAAAGAGAAAAGUAGAGAGAGCUCUGAAAGUCCGUCUCCUUCACACAUAAGAGAGAAGAAGAAAAACAAGACGAAGAAAAAGAAAAGGGAGCGGUCAGAGCAGAGUGACCAGGGCAGCUCGUCUGAGGACAGGCCGGAUACGAAGAAGAACAAAAGGAAGAGGAGUAGUGAAAACGAGACUCCGCCCCCUACGAAGAGCCGCCGGCGAAGACGCAGCGCGUCGUCCGGCUCAGCUCAUAGCAGGUCACCGGUGGUGUUGAAGGAGAAACCAAACAAUCCUCCUGCAGGAAGGGCAGAUGUUGGCAGGAAGGGCAGAUCUCCUGAGCGCAGGGGUCGCCAAAGUGGCAGUCCGGAGAAGAUGGAGGUCAGAGAGUCUGCAAGACCUUCCGGAUCCCCUGAACGAAACCGGAAAGACCAGGAGCGAGGAAAGGAGAAGCCGCAAAAGGGGCAAGCGUUGUCUCCGUCUCACUCUCCGCCUCCUAAACAUCAGCGAGAAAAAGAGAAACCCGAUCAGCGGCAAAGACACGACUCGUCUCCGUCCCCAAGAAGACAGAGAGACCGAAGGCAGCGGAGCUCAGAGAAGGAGCGAGAGGAUGAAAGGAGAAAGAGGGAUGACAAACCCCGGAAAAGACUCGACUCCUCGUCUUCGCCGUCACCACAGAGAGAGCGGGCGAGAAGGAGACGCAGCGGCGAGAAGGAGAGAGCGUCGCCGCCCUCACAAUCGAGGGACAGGGGCGCCAUCCUGCACACUCGAGACCGAGAGAACAAUAAACCGAGAGGGAGCGAGAGCUCCAGCGAGGGGUCCACCUCCUCCUCGAACCACUCGCCACGCUCCAGCAAAAAACAGAAAGAGGCGGAGCGAACGAGGGAGGAGCAGAGAGAGCGAGAAAGGGAUGCAGAAAAGGGACGAGAGGAGGCGAGGAGAAAGGAGCGAGAAAACAGAGAGGAAGUGAAGAGAAAAGAGCGAGAGAGUGACCGAGAAGAGGCAAGGCGAAAAGAACGAGAGAGUGACCGAGAGGAGGCGAGGAGAAAAGAGCAAGAGAGCGAUAGAGAGGAAGUGAAAAAAAAAGAGCGAGAGUGACGAGAGGAGGCGAGGAGGAAGGAACGAGAGGAGACAAGUAGAAGUGAGCGAGAAAAUGACAGAGAGGAAGUAAGGAGAAAAGAGCGAGGGAGUGACCGAGAGAAAGGACGAGAGGAGACUAGGAGAAACGAGCGUGAAAGCGACCGAGAGGAGACAAGGAGAAAAGAACGAGAAAAUGACAGGGAAGAGGUGAGUAGAAAAGAGCGAGAGAGUGACAGAGAGAAAGGACGAGAGGAGGCCAGGAGAAACGACAGAGAGGAGGUGAAGAAAAACGAACGAGAGAAGGAUGAGAAACGCCCUGAGAGAGGCAGGGAGACAGACGACAGGAGAUCUGAAAGAGACAGAUCUGAGACCGAGAGAAGGGAGGAAAAGGAGAGGGAGGAUGAGAGGAUGGGAAGAACUCUGGAGAAGAGUCCGCUGGUGAGAGAAAAGCCACAAAGCAAGGAGAAAGAGAAGAAGAAAGAGAGAGGUUCGAGCAGCAGCAGUGACAGCGGCAGCAGCAGCAGUGACGACAGCAGCAGCAGCAGCAGUGACAGCGACUCAGACAGUUCCUCAUCAUCAUCCUCAUCUUCGUCUUCAUCAUCUUCAUCCUCCUCCUCAUCCUCCGACGAGGAAAAGAAGGAGAAAAGUAAAGAGGUCCCUCACACGGUUGUCGCUCAGCCCGGGGCUCGGAGAGAGAAAGAGAAGGGGGCGAGAGACACUGACGGGUACACACCCACAGACAGGGAGAGCUCCGCCUCCGUACCCACACAGGCCCCACCCACCCAGAAGGACGACCGGGAUAGAGGCAGGGACAGAAGAUCUUCAUCUCCGCUGAAGGAACAGCAGAAAGGCGGGGAUCGAGGGAAGGAACGGUACACUCCCACUGAGACCUCGAGCCCACCUCCAUCUCCUCCUCCAGCACGCAGGAGGUACAGUCCAGAGGAGAGUGCUGGAACCCACAUCAAAAAUCCAGAGAAACCCAGGGAGCGAGUCAGGGAGACACCCUCAGACUCCUUGUUUCGAGAGAACAGGACGAGUGAGAGAAAGCGGGAGUCUCCACCAAAAGGCCGGGAGGAGAAGAACAAGAACGUACGGGUGCCGUCACGAUCUUCAUCACGUUCUCCGGCACGACAUCGCACGGAUCCUCCUAAGAGAGAAGUCAGGAGAGCGAGUCCGCCCUCACGCCGAGAUCGGGAGAGGGACAGAGAACGAGAGAGGGAUAGGGAACGGGAGAGAGAGAGAGAGCGGGAUAGAGACAGAGAACGAGAGAGGGAUAGAGACCGGGAGAGGGAACGAGAAAGGGACAGAGGGAGGCCAGGAGAGAGAGACAGACCACGCUCACGAGAAAGAAGGACGAGAAGCAGCAGGUCACGAAGCCCACGGAGACGUUCUCCUCUGUACAGGUCUCGACGUUCUCCUUCUCCUGCGUACCGCAGAAGUGGUCGCUCUCUGUCCAGGGAGAGGGAGAAGGAACGAGAGAGGGAGAAAGAACGGGAGAGAGAGAGACAUCGUGAACAAGAGAGGGAGAGAGAACGUGAAAAGGAGAGAGAACGUGAAAAAGAGAGAGAAAAGAGAGCCAGAUCUCCUCCUCCUCCUCCUCCUCGCUCUCCAUCUUCUUCCUCGACAUCCUCCUCCUCCUCGAGUUCGUCGUCUUCAUCUUCGCCCUCUCCUCAGCGGAAACCUGAUCAGGACAGGCAGUCUGAGAAGAGACUGCAGUCCCGUUCCUCUUCUCCUCCUCCUUCUCCUCCUGCUCGGGAUUCUCCAAAACGUUCCAGGCAGCUGGCGCCACGCUCCAGAUCUCCUCCUUUCAGCCAAUCAGAGACCAGGAAGACCUCGAGGAGCAAAUCCCCCACAGAGCGACGUGCGACCCUGAGCCAAGAGCGACCUAUCAGGAGGGAGAAUGCAGUGAACGGGAGAGCGGAGAAGAAAGUCGUGAAGCAACACAAGACUGGCAGCAGGAGCAGCUCUAGUUCUUCAUCCUCCUCAUCCUCUUCAUCUUCAUCCUCGUCCUCCGAUAGCUCCGACUCCGAGACUGAGAAAGGGCGCGGAAAAGUGACUGCUCGUAAACACUCGUCCUCCUCGGAGAGUGAGGAAGUGAAGAAGAAAAGUUCUCCUCCUCGCCGACCCAGAGAACCUGCAGACUCGCUCAGAGACUCCAGAUCACUCAGCUACUCUCCUCCUGCUCGUCUGCGUAGAGCCCCACGCUCUCCUCACGCUCGCAGGAGAUCAAGGAGCAGAUCAAGCAGCAGGCGGAGAAAGUAGUUCCUCCAGCUCUACAUCACUGAGGCGUUUAUUUCUUUAUCUUGAUCUUUCUAUUGUGUCUUCUGAGAAAAAAAAAAUCGGCAGAAACGUCUGUAAAUUGUGAUCCACACAUGAGUUCUGAACUGGAGCAAAGAAUCAUCUCACGGUUUCUGCACUCAUGUUUACCCACAGGGAUGUUUUGGGUUUAUUUUUUACUUAUAUUAUAGAGAUGAGAGAGAGAGAGAGAGAGAGAGAGAGGAGGAGGAGGAGGAGGAGGAGGAGGAGGAGAGCUGCAGACACGUGCCAACAUCUAACCUGAAGACCAUCAAUAAAUAAAUGUCUCCCUCUGUCUGUCUGUCUCUCUCUCUCUCUCUGUCUGUCCUGCUGCGUUGUUCUGAAUGUAGAUAAAUGUCACCAUGAUCAGAACCAUUGCCGAGUGGACAUGUCCUGCUUACACGCUUUUUUUUUUCUUUCACUUUGUGGAAAAAUUAUGGACUAAUGAAUAAAUGGUUGUAUCUGUA